AUGUUGACAAGGAAGCCUCUUCUAAAACCAUGGUCGGAUAGAUUUCUGCUAACUGCACAUAUAAAUAGGAGCAGAGGGCCGGUCACCUCUGUAACCACCGGCAGCAGCAGAAGAAGCCGCAGCUUCAGACCUCGCCUCCUCCUCUUUCUUCCUUCCACAUCUCUCUCCUCGCCCCCUUCUCUCGGUGUCACGCUCUCUCCUAGUUCUGAGCGUCUACAAACUUUUGAACAGAAUACCGGCCUCAGCAAACAAGUCCUUCAGCUCCUCCUGCUGCUCCUGCUCGUUCCUGCGGCUUCUGCUUAGAUACUAACACCAGACGGUGAUGUCCCUUGGUUUGUGACUCCAGCGCAGAAACUUGGAGAAGCCCUUUGCCCGCCGUCCUACUUGGCAGCAAACCCUCUCCUAGCAGCGGUAAGAGUUGAAGGAAUGAUCAUGUGUAGCGGAGCAAGGCUGGCUCUGCUGGUCUACGGGAUAAUAAUGCACAGCAGCGUCUACUGCUCACCUGCCGCCGCGGGACUCCGAUUCCCUGGGAUCAGGCCGGAGGACGAGGCGUACGACGAGGACGGAAACCCGCUGCAGGACUUCUAUGACUCGGACCCGCCUGGGGUGGGGGGCCCCGCCUCCACGCUGAGCGACGCCUACGCGCUCUACUACCCAGCGGAAGAAAGAGAUGUCGCCCACGGGAUCCUUAACAAGGCCUACCGCAAGGUGCUGGACCAGCUGUCCGCCAGGAAAUACCUGCAGACGCUCAUGGCCAAGAGCGUGGGGGGGAAUCUCGACGGAGGAGCGGAAGAUGACUCGGAGCCCCUCUCCAAGCGCCACUCGGACGGAAUCUUCACGGACAGCUACAGCCGCUAUAGGAAACAAAUGGCUGUUAAGAAAUACUUGGCGGCCGUCCUAGGGAAAAGGUAUAAACAAAGGGUUAAAAACAAAGGACGCCGAAUAGCAUAUUUGUAGCGAUGAGAUACCAGCUACCCUGUGUAUACAACCCUGACACAAUGAAAAGUCAUUUACCCAACUGACUGAACAGUCAUCGCUCAUGUGUUCUAUCCAAACAUGUAUUUAUGUAUGAAGUAAAGCCAUUAAAUGAAUAUUUUGAUAAUAAUAUUGUUUUUCUUUUUACAAAGCACUAGAGAAUGCACAGAUAUACUUUGUGGACCAAUUAUUGAUAUUGAGAUAUAUAGAUAUAUAUAUAUAACAAAUAUAUAUUAAGAAUAUAUAUAAUAGAGAGCAGUUCAUACAAAGUGUGCAAAAGGAUUGAAAUUCGCCUGAGCUGUUUGUUUUUAUAUAAAAUAAAUAGAAAAAUAGACAAUCAUUGUUUUGAACAUUACUCCUAUUUUUGUAAACUGGGGUUAAAAGGAUAGUAUUUUUAUCCAGGACAGGCCUGAAGAUAUUAAUACUGACCAUUUGCUACUGUACAUAGACAGUGAUGCCCUGCUCCAGGGAGAUUUUGAGGUAAUGAUUUGGGAGAAUUGCUGAAGGGCACUCUUUCUCAGUGAGUCUCUGGGGCAGUCUGCUUCCAUCCCAGCUGAAUUCAACUAGGCACUAUCCAUCCCCCUCGCUGGGUGGCAAUUCCAAUACUUCUGCUUUCUUUGAUUCUAUUUUUAUGUGUAUUUAUCUCUCUUCAGACUCUUAGCCCAGAAGGAGGUUCUCCUGGAUAAAACAACAGCAGGAUCCAAAUUGUGCUUCUCCCCAGACUCUAUAUCACUCCCUGGGGGAGGAGUGGAGGGGUGUACAAGGAGACAAAUAAGAAGCUCCCUUUUCUGUACUUCCAGGGACCCCAAUAUCCUAAAGUUAGGGUGAUUAGAACAAAGUGAAGAAAAUGCAGGUAUAUUGGAAGAGGCAGAGCACAGGGCAAUAGGAGGGGGACCCUGGAGACAGACUGGCUUGGGGCUGCCCCAGGUCUGGGAGCUGGGGGUAAUCCAGUCCUACCUUAGGUCCCCUGCCUGCCUGACUUUGGAUGCUGGGUAUUGGAACUGGAUGCAAAGUACAAUGUGUUUUUCUCCAGUGCUGUCCAUGCUUCUCAUCUUGUGAAACGGCCAGGGUCCUCUCCUUUGAACCUUGCUCCCAUAGGAGCCACCCUUUUCUUUCCUGGUUUUCUGAAGACUCCUCUUUCCUACCCUCUCACACUGUAAAGUACCGUUUACCAUUUUUUCAUUCACUUCUCUUAAACUUGUGAAUGCUUCUUUAACUUUUUUGUUGUUUGAUACUAGCACUUAUUGUAAAGAGUAGGAACCCCUGUGUAGUUACCACCAAGUAAUUAUGCGCUAAAUAUGAACCUUCUGUUUCUUGUUGAUUGAGUUUGUAGGUAAAAUGUAUUUUUCUACAUUAUGGCUUAUUGCUUAGUAAAAUUGAUUUCAUAAAACCAAACUUUGUCAUAUUAGAAUGUGUAGUGUUCAUAUGUUGCUCAGUUGUACUAACUGAUAAAUCAUUUAAACC